UUCGUGGUGUACAAACUGCCUAGCCUGAUCCAGAGCGACUUUGCGAGGGAUGGGACGGGCAUGGCGUACAUGGACAGCCAGCUCUCCAGGUGGCUGCUCCUCAACGCCACCAUCGACGAACUGCACCAACCAGUGGCGUACACUCUCAACCAAAUAUAUUCAAGGAUGGACUCCUUCUUGUACCUGCUGUACAAUGACGACACACCUGGAGAGAGGAAGCAGUCGUCAUACAGAGCUCACGCCAAGGGUGCAUUGGCAUUUGAUAGGAAGACGGGGUUCUGGCUGGUGCACACUAUCCCGAGGUAUCCACCACCUGCCAGGGAGGGGUACACUUACCCAAAAUCUGCCUCCAUAAAUGGACAGGUCAUGCUCUGCCUGUCACUCAACAGUGACCAGCUUGAGAAGAUUGGUUUGCAGAUGGAUUACAUGCGUCCGCAAGUUUAUGACUCCUUCUCAUCAAACGACUUUGCAGUGGAACAUAAGAGUAUAUGGGCCUUCGUUAAAGGGGCUAAGAAAGUGGUUGAUGAGGACUUCUCGAACAUGGAGACCUUAACGACGAUGGCUGGUACCAAGAUUGUAUCCUUCGCAAAAAGUCGAAAUUUCGGAAAAGAUUUGUACGAGGACCUGAUCUCGCCGACCCUUCGCAACAACCUCCUCGUGCAAUCAUGGAUGAAUGGACAAAAGAACUUGAACUCUGCCUGCAAAGUUAAGUACACCGUGAAGAACAUAAAGACGUUGGACUUUGACGGAAUGGCGUUCAAAAGUUCCAAGGAUCAUUCCAAGUGGGCAAUGGACUUCAGCGAGAAUGACAGAUGGUUUUGCAUCGGGGAUAUAAACAGACAGGCCUCACAAGCCACCCGGGGUGGGGGUGCCCUCUGCAUAAGAGAUGAUGAGGUUUGGAAGGGUUUCCAUGACAGCAUCAGGACUGUGGAAGGAUGCGAUGGACAGGAGGUACCAGCUGACCAGGAGUGA